CAAAAGACUGUGAACUGUAGCUGAUGACUGAAACUGAAAAAUAAUGUAUGAAUUAAAUACUGUUAAUUCAAUUUCAAACAGUCCCUUUUCCUACUUUUACAAGCUGUUGUAGUCAGAGAAACAGCUCGUUUCCAGGAUUUGAUAUCUGUGUAAAUGUUCUGCAGGUGGGUGCAGCUGCGUAUUAGCCUCUUAUCAGGAGGACUGGGAUCAUUACACAGUGGAGCCAUCCAAAUGCCGAGCCAUCAGUUUUCCAUUCUGAUUCAGUGAAAACGUUUGUGGCAGCUGACGGGCAUUUUGGAUCGCUUCCUCACAAAUCCAUCUACUUAACUAAAAGGAGGGUUCUAAGCAAGUCUGAAUUUGCAAUUAAAGCCUUUUAAUUUGUAGAAUAAGAAAUGGAAAAACUCACAAUCUAGCUAACAACUACACCUCCCAUGUUAUAGCCAAAGUUUCUAAGGAAAAUGUCUCUUUAAAGGAAAAUGUCUGUUCCACAUCAGAGUUUGGAAGUGCUAUAAAUCACCCCACUGUUGAGGGUUUAUCGUGUUUGCCUCAACAAGACUCAAGGCAAAUAUCCUGCUGAACAAGGCAUCCUUCAUCAUCACUCUGACAGGUGAGGCCAAGGUCGCAUGGCUUUGAUAAACGAAUUAACAUUUUGUGAACUUGAUCUGCGGAUAAAUAGCUCUUCUCUGACCCCAUUUUUAUACAUGCAAUGCAUGCUAGGGUUAGGUAUUAAUACGCAUUCAUUUCUUUAUGUUUUUUUAUUUUAUUUCUGUGUUUAUGGUGUUUGGUGAGGGGGCAACACAGACCAGGGUUGAAACAAAGGCCAGAAGGGACAAAGUAAUGAGUUAUUAUACGCAUCAGCAAAGGAGACGAGGCCGCUCAGCUCUGCCUGGUUACCGGUGCUGCUCGUGGGCUGAUAACGUUCGACGAAGCUUGACCUAAUUGGUGGGGGAAAAAAUAUCCUAUCCACACUUGGCUAAUGUGCACAAAACAAUAUGGCAUUAAAUAGGACGAGUAUCACACUCUGCUGUGCGUAGUGGCUUGCAAAACCACCGGUUCCUCUUUGAAUUUUAUGUGAUACAAGACAAAGCAACACAUAAUGGAAGAAAAAGCAGUAAGAAGGCUUAAUUUGUAUUUAGCUCCCUUCAUUACAAAACAGUUGAGUGCAGUGCAACCAGGACUCAACUAAUUUACAGAGUCCAGUUGUGUGUAAUUUAAUCUCUGUAUAAAGCUUUUCACAUUAGUGGAUUCAAACAGCAACAUGAAGACAAAAAAAACCCCACAGCAGGCAGGUGGUAAUAAUGAUCCAGUUGAUACUAGUAUUAACAUUAAUUUUAUUCAUCUGGAGCCCUCCAAUGGGUUCUCUGAGCUUUCUAACUAUCUUGCUGCAAUGUGUUAGUUCUUUCUGCUUUUGGUGUCUUUUAUUCUGCUAGAUAACGAAAAGAGUGAACGUGACCCUGCUUUUUUUUCCCGUUUUUUUUAGCAGGUGUGGAAAAGCUAAAGGUAGUUAGCAAGAGACUGCAAAUACUGGGGACUACUUAACAUAAAUGCAAAACACCAAUCUUAGACAUACAGCCAGAGCGACAGGUUUAGAUUAGGGGGUUGGUUGAGUACAAAGGCAUGCCACACCUUUCAGAUUUCCUCUUUUUUAUUUUUUAGAAAUUUUGAAGACAGUCUAUCACUUCACUUCCACUUUAAAACUGCACUAUUUUGUGUUGACCACAAAACCCCACAAUUUUUUAUUCCUAUGUGACAAAAUAGAAAAUGUAGAAAACUUUAGCAUGAUUAUGCUUUUCUGAGGUAAACAAAAGCAUGAUCACCACAAUUUAUCUGGUACGUGUCAAACGUUCAAGAGGAAGGGAGGUUUUAAAAGAAAAUCAAAAGCUUCUCCACAAGGUGUUAGAGGGGGUUGUUGUGUGUCAAAAUCGCCAGCAUACAGAUGACCAAGUCAAGAGGUUUGGCCAGAGGGAGGCGCACUGCCUGUAUUAGAAUACAACAAUUAAGCAAGCGGGUCUAACUCUGAUUAAACACCAGGGAGAGAGGAGAGAGAAACCCACAGCCAAACGCAGACAGGUUUAAAAAAAAAAAAAUCCUGUAGUGCGUUUAUAACUUUACAACCGAGGAGAUAACUUGUAUUUAAACAGCCUGUUUGUUUCGUUUAUAGCGUUGUGUGACAGUAAUGUACAACGUCUGCAUAGUCUUUCUGCGAGGUUCCCCGUUGGACUGGCAGCCACUUCAUCAUCACGGCGUGCGUCUCCUUCUCGGCGCUCUAAACUGAUUAUCGGCUGAAGCGCACACAAGCGGCAGCAGCAGCAGCAACCCGGCUGUGACACCCGUCCGAUCCAGCUACAGACUGUGCUCAGGCUGGGUGGCUGCUGCCCUGGCACCAUGGAGCAAAAAUCACCAAAACCCGGAGGCUCCGGCCGGGGCCAGGAGUCCAUGUCCUACCAGCGGAGGAUGUGGAAGAAUUUCCAGGAGAAAACCAAGCCGUGGCUCAGUCCGAAGCUGGGCUCGGAGCGCCGCGGAUCCGGGGGAGGUGGAGGAGCGGAGGGCACCAAGAAGGAGUCCGGCUUGUGGAUGUUCAAGAGGAAAAAGAAACAGCUGGACCGGGUGUUUUCGUCAUCGCAGCCGAACUUAUGCUGCUCCACUCCGGCGCCUUUCGAAGGAGACAAGCUCGCCGCCGGCGGAGGCGACGCGACCUCAGAGAUGAGCUCCGACUGUCAGGCUCUGGGGACAGCUUCUGGGGCCACAGGCAGCAAACCGGAGCUGACGGCCCACGGGAGCCCCAAACUCCCCGUGUCCCAGCUGAUGAUGUACCAGCAGAAGAGCUCCUCUCUCGGUUCGGCGUGCUUCGAGAAGCUGGUGGUGGAUCCCGCCGCGGAGCUGGGAGGAGAGGAAGAGCAGCUGCGUAAAAACGCGAGUGAUUCUGGCAUCAACAUUGUUGGACCUAGUAAUGCAGAGUCUCAGCCUCAUCUGCCUUGUCCAGCCAUGUACCAAUUGGAUAUUGUCUUGAAGAAAGGGAAAAAUCUCGCCAUUCGUGACCGAACAGGCACCAGCGACCCAUAUGUGAAGUUUAAAAUCGGAGGGAAGGAAGUGUUCAGAAGCAAGACGAUCCACAAAAAUUUAAACCCAGUGUGGGAUGAGAGAGUUAUCCUUUUGGUGGAAACUCUCAGGGAGCCUCUAUAUGUCAAAGUGUUUGACUACGACUUUGGACUUCAGGAUGAUUUCAUGGGCUCAGCAUAUUUACACCUGGAGUCACUGGAACAUCAAAGGACGCUGGAUGUGACUCUGGACCUGAAGGACCCACAGUACCCUGAGCAUGACCUGGGUAGCCUGGAGCUCACCGUCACCCUGUCGCCAAAGGAAGGAGACAUAAGGGAUGCUACCAUGCUUUUGAGAAGAAACUGGAAACGAUCUAGUAAGUAUCAGAGUAUGAGGCUCUCGGAUGUGCACAGGAAAGCCCAGCUCUGGCGAGGCAUCGUCAGCGUCAGUCUAAUCGAAGGUCGCAACCUGCAGCCCAUGGACGCCAACGGCUUCAGUGAUCCUUACGUCAAGUUCAGGAUGGGUCAUCAAAAGUACAAGAGCAAGACAAUUCCCAAAACACUAAACCCGCAAUGGAGAGAGCAGUUUGAUUUCCACCUGUAUGAAGAGCAGGGAGGCUACGUGGACAUCACUGUCUGGGACAGAGAUGCUGGCAAGAAGGAUGACUUCAUGGGCAGGUGUACUAUCGACCUGUCGCUUCUCAGUAAAGAACACACUCACAAGCUGGACUUGCCCCUGGAGGAAGGCGAAGGUGUUCUGGUGCUGCUGGUCACACUCACUGCAUCGGCCGCGGUUUCAAUCUCAGACCUGUCCGUCAACAUGUUGGAUGAUCCACAUGAAAGGCGCCAGAUCAUGCAAAGAUAUAGCCUCUGGAGGUCGCUUCACAACUUGAAAGAUGUCGGCGUGGUGCAAGUGAAGGUCAUCAGAGCUGAGGGACUCAUGGCGGCGGAUGUCACAGGUAAAAGCGAUCCUUUUUGUGUGGUGGAGCUGAGCAAUGAUCGACUGCAGACACACACCGUCUACAAAAAUCUAAACCCAGAGUGGAACAAGGUCUUCACUUUCAACGUCAAGGACAUCCACUCGGUGCUUGAGGUUACCGUUUACGACGAGGACCGGGACAGAAGUGCCGACUUCCUUGGGAAAGUGGCUAUCCCUUUGCUAAAUAUCCAAAAUGGAGAACGCAAAGCCUACGUCUUGAAAAGCAAGGAGCUGACAGGGCCAACAAAAGGGGUCAUCUUUCUCGAAAUAGACGUGAUUUUUAAUGCUGUGAAGGCUGGUCUCAGGACGUUGACUCCCGUCGAACAAAAGUACAUUGAGGAGGAGCCUAAAGUGUCCAAACAGAUGCUUUUGCGCAACUUCAACCGAGUCAGACGCUGCAUCAUGUUCCUGAUCAACACAGGCUGCUACAUCAACAGCUGCUUCGAAUGGGAAUCUCCGCAGAGAAGCAUCUGUGCUUUUGUGAUUUUCACCAUUGUUGUCUGGAACUUUGAGCUUUAUAUGAUUCCUUUGGCUUUGCUUCUGCCGUUGGCCUGGAACUACAUUCUCAUCGUGUCGGGGAAGGAUACGAGGCAAGACGUCCAAGCUGUGGAAGACCUGCUGGAAGAUGAGGAUGAGGAUUUUGACAAAGAUGACAAGGACCCUAAACAAGGCCCCUGGGAGGACAGCCAUGAUAAAAACCAUAUCCUCGAGGAUAUAUUGGCUUCCUGGCACUUUGAGUGGAUACGAGUGAUGGUGGACUCGGAGAGAAAGGGCUUCAUGAACAAGCUUUAUGCCAUUCAGGACGUGUGCAUCAGCGUGCAGAAUGCACUGGAUGAAGUGGCCUCCUACGGCGAGAGGAUAAAGAACACAUUUAACUGGACUGUGCCUUUUUUAAGCUGGUUAACGAUUGUAGCUCUCAUCGUGGCCACAAUCAUCAUCUACUUCAUUCCACUACGGUUCAUCGUUCUGGCCUGGGGGGUUAACAAGUUCACAAAGAAACUGCGGGACCCUUACACCAUUGACAACAACGAGCUGCUGGACUUUCUGUCCAGAGUGCCCUCGGACGUACAAGUGGUGCAGUACCAACAGCUGAAACUGGAUCCCAAUCCCAGUCCAAAUAAAAGGAAGAAAAACAACCCCGGGUAGAUCACUGCAUGCGCCCACAGACUCCUCUCUCCUUCGUUUCUUUUCCUGCUGGUUUGAUGCUGGACGCUGAGAAGCAAAGCCUGGGCUGAACCGUCCUUCUUCUAUUUAUAUCCUGCUUUAUAUUGUUAAACUUCAGUACUCCCUUCAGGAGGCUUUACACUUUCUCUAAAUAUAAUUUUGUAUGAGUAAAGACUUCAAGAAACCUUUAACUCAUUAUUAUUGUUAUUAUUAUUAUUAUUAUUGUAUUGUACGCAUUAUGUAUUGAGUCCUUUUUUAUAUCAGCCAUGUCAGCUGCCAUGUCCUUCCCUCUGGGAGUGUGUGUGCUUGCCACAGUAGUCGAACAGGUUAAAUUAUUUGUAGAUAAUUGAUUCAGGCCUUAAACGAUCAUUCUCAACAUUUAUUUAGCUUGUACUAUAUAGCUUUGAAACACUUUUGGUAAAAUGUUUCUAUUUUCUAAUUGUUUUUUAUACUAUUGCAUCCUUAUUUUUUAUCUCCUCUUGAAUGUUUUGAUGAUUUUUAUGUUUUGCCCCGGCAGUACUUUGGGUUGUCGCUGUCUAAAUUAGCGAGCCGAUUUCGUCCCGAGGCUCCAGACAUGUUUCUUUGCAUCUCGGUGAAUUAAAAAUAAUAUUAAAACGUCGGCUGGACCGAGAGCCCUGAGAGCCACCGUGCACAGAUGUAAACCAGGAUGUGGUCACCCUGUUUGUUAAACCACUCCAGAACCAAAGACAACGUCAGACGCGUCUCACCUUGAUGAAGGAAUCAAAGGACUGGACUGUUGCUGAGUGUGGGCUGCAUAUCUCUUCUCAGAUGGGGGAACAUUAGUUGGGUUUUACAUUUUGCAUCGACACAAAGCCUCUUAAGUCUGGUUUUUAUUUCCCAGCAGGACUUGGUAACAGCCUACACUGCCAAAAGUAUCAACACCUGCUUUAGUAACCACGGUAUCACUGUGCUCCAUCAGUCUGUAGAAUUCGCCCGGCUCCUUAAACAAUCUAUGAAGAGACUCUAGAUCCAACAGUUGAAGCUGAAGAGUCGCUAUGACAGUAUAUUAAAAAAAAGUGUUAUUAGUUGUCUAUAAUUUUUUUAAAUAAACCAAGAGAUAUCUUACUAUAGGUAACAAUUUGUCAUUCGGUGCCAAAAAUAUUGCAAUAAAAUAACAUACGUUUUAAUAACAUAAUAUUCUAAUUUAUCGAGAUGCAAUUGUGAAAACAAAUCUGGACCAACAGGCUGUGAGUUCCUUUUGUUUGUCCUUAAACCAACGAGUAGGAACGAGGUCGAGUAUGAGAUCAUUUGGUGCGUUGGAUCUCGAGAAAGUGUGCGGUUUAGCCCCGUCAGCGUCAUCAGUCAGUCGGUGCGACACCUUCUCAGUGAGGCGGCGCCGCGGACUGGGCCUGCUGUCGCUGUGCUUAUAUAGAUGUCACCCGGUCUAUGCAGAGUGUCAUGGAGCAGGCAGGCAGGCCUUUAGGCAGGCACAGUCCUAAUCUUGUUUGAAAGGCCGGUCUCUUUCCCUCUCAUCUCCCUGUGUGUUUGCCUUGGCGGGCCACACAUGAAAGCGUUUACACGCGAGGCGUGCUUCUACAGCACGGGCACGCACGCAGACACAAAGAGCCCCAAGCUUCUCUUCCUCCCUCUCAGGAGGGAAGACAGAAAGAACGCAUCUCUGGUAGGAAGUCUUGCACACUGUAACUACUUGCUCGCAGAUAAAAAAAUAAAUAAAUAAAAAAAAAACAGUGUCAUAUUUGAGCAGGAACAGUUUCUCCCUCUCAACCAAGCACACGCACACGCAGACAUGCAAACAUGCUCUCUAUGAUGCUGCGCCCCGGGCUGGCCACCCUCUCCAUCUGCCCCACCUCCUGUGCCCACAGCUCAACUUUGAUCAGCCCUUCCAGAGACACGGGCGCGUUUGUGCGCGCUGUGUAUUUACAGAGGCGUGUUUGCAUAUACACGUUUAUGCAAUCAAAGAUUCUCUCAGCGUCAGUGUGUGGUACAAUUGCAUCUCCCCUCCAGCUCUAGACUGACACUCAGAUUCGAUGUGUGUGUGUGUGUGUGUGUGUGUGUGUGUGUGUGUGUGUGCGCGUGUCUGGGUGUGUGCUGCAGCAGAGGCACCAGCUGUUUUUUGGUGUUGACUCUGUGGAGAUGCUUGAUGAGCAGCAAGUCAUUGUGUGACAAGACAAGGCUCUGAGGGGACUUAGGCCUGAGAUGUCAGGGAUGGAGGAAUAUUUGUGUGUGUGUCCGCAUGUGUGUGUGUGCAUGUGUUUUAUCCUAUUUCAAAACACACUUCCCGUCAUGCUUUCCCCGUUUGCUCUCUGUGCGGUUUCCUCAUUCGUCAGUAAGCAGGGUUGCGACCCUGUCUGAAGAGAUGGUCCCUUGGGUUCCUUGUAGAGCUUCUCUUGAAAGAUCACAGCACAGGCUAUGUUUGAGGAGGUCCUGUCUCAUCCUAUUGAUCCCUGCCUCCAUUUCCCACUGCCUCCUCUUCUUUGUCUGACUGUCUUUAAGUCUGCAAAACCCCAGCUCACUGCGUCUACUGUCGUCUUCUCCCCUUCGUCUGUCUCUGUGCCUCCGCCUUCCGCCUUUUUGAAGCUCCGCUCCACUUCAUAAGUUUGUUUCCAUUCUCCGAUAAAUGAUUUUAUCGUCUGAUCCAUUUGGAAAACAAUAAUAAACUUUUCUUAGAGCGUUGCCACAAACUUGUUACUUGAGGGAAUGGCUUUUUUUGUUUUGCCCGAUGAACUGCUUGAAUACUUGACACUUUUGUUUUUUACUGCAACAGCUCCUGUACCGUUUGUUGACACCCCUGGUACCAAGUAUAAAAAGCCUUAAUUUGUAUUCAUUUCUUUUAUUGCAACAGGAUCAUCUCACACAGGAAAAAAAUACAUAUUUAGCAGGGAAAUUGCUAUAUUAAGAAAUCAGUACCUACUCUAACAGUUCCUAGUAAAUAGAUGCACCUAAACCAUUUUUAAAACAUGUUUUAAAUUGAUCAGAAAUUAUAUAAAACCCUACUGUUGCUGUUUUCUGGGGCAUAAAUAUGACAUGUCAUACUUUGUCUACUGUGCGAAAACAGGAAAAUCAAGACAACAUACCUUUUAUGUAAGACAUAUGUAAUUUGAUCUCCACAAGGUAGAAGUUUAAAGUGCAGACCAGUUGAAUGGUUUUGUUUAUUUUCCAAUUUUCCAUGCAUGUCUGUUGCAGAAAUCAGGAGUUACCUAUGAAAUCAACACUAAAAAAUUCAAUAUGUAGCUUCUUUUGAAAAAAAUAAAAAUAAAAAAAUAAAAAUAACAUGGUGAUAAAUGAACUACUGUAUGUCUCCAGGGCCAUUUUCAGACUUUUUAAUUUCUUAGGAUAAAUUCUAAGCAAGUGGACCUGAAUUUUGUCUAAUACAUUUCACCACUUUAUACACAGGAGACUCUGACAGUGGACACAUUGUCAGAAGUUUUAGUUACUUUUUCUUGGAGAACGUAUAAGAAGAACAUGAUCACCCAUGUAAAUGUCGUUUAGUCCUUUAGCAGGAAAAUGCCUUUUACGUACCCAGCCGCAUAACACAAUAAUAUUACAAGCUAGCACAGGUAGUAAAGCUGAGUUAAGUUCGUAUGCAGUUAUUUACAUCGUAGUUUUCGUCCCGUGAAAAACAGAGCUUUAAUUACUGUCACAACCCGUUUAAUUUCUUAAUAAAUUAUGCUCACAUCAACCUGUUGCCAUUUAUUUUUUUUACAGUAGUUUCUCCCAAUUUUGUAGUUUUCAUUUGCUGCUUUAGUGUGCUUUCCUGUUUCUUAAAGCAGUGUUACCAAUUACUUUGCCAUUUGUGAAUUUACAAAAAUUAUUUCUUAGCCCCACUAAAUAAAAGUAAUACAAUUUAAGGUUGGAUUUAAAAGAAAUAUAUUUUUAUUGUUAGACAAUGCUGCUGCUGCAAUAAAAAAAAAAAAAAAAAAAAAAAUCUGGCUUUUUUCAAAUCUUCACUUGGGGUAUCAACUAAUUUGUACGCGACCGUGUGUUGCUGAUUUGUGAGUGUUGUGUGGUAAUGCAUCCAAAUGUCUCUUUUUGUUGCUGGUUUACGGUUUUGGCUGCAUUUACCAGCAAACCAAAGUGUGAUUUUUGUAUCAUGUAGAGAAAAAAUGUAUACGAAGAAUGUAUUGGGCUGAUAGCUGUAAAGGAAAGAGAAGCACUUUUAUUUGAAUGAGACUAUUUAUUUUUUAAAGAAUACUGUAUAUAGCUAACUGAUUAAUGUAUGGUUGUAUUUUAUACAGUAUGCCUGUUGAUGUUCUGGUAAUAAUGCUGUAAAGUAGGUGUAUUGCCUGCCUUGAUUUAAUUUUUUUUUAUAUUUGUCUUGUCUGCCUGCGAAAUCUUCUGCUUGUGACAUCAUCUCUGUGUGUCCCUUUACAAAUCAACAAGAUUUAGACAUGACAGCUGGAAGGAAGGGCAUAAUAUGUUGUAUACCUCUAAUUUAAGGAACGAUAAUCAUCUGAUAAAUGUGGCUUAUUUUGGGUCAAAAAAUAGUGAAACAAAAAACUUUCAAUUAAAUAUUUUUUAUCAA